GUGUCACCUCUCCUUUCAGAUCACCAUCUUCGAGCUGGAGAAUUUCCAGGGCAGGAAACGAGAGCUGAAGGAGGAAAGUCCCAAUGUGACCGAGGAAGCGCUGGAGAAAGUGGGAUCAGUCCAGGUAGAGUCAGGCCCGUGGCUCGGGUUCGAGCGCCAAGCCUUCUGCGGGGAGCAGUUUGUGCUGGAGAAGGGAGCUUUUCCGCGCUGGGACUCCUGGUCCAGCAGCCACAGCAGCGAGAACUUGAUGUCCCUCCGCCCCCUGCAGAUUGACAGCCGCGACCACAAGAUCCACCUGUUUGAAAAUGCAGAUUUCAGCGGGAGGAAGAUGGAGAUCGUAGAUGACGACGUGCCAAGCCUCUGGGUUCACGGGUUUCAGGACCGCGUGGCCAGUGUCAAAGCAUUGAACGGAACGUGGGUGGGCUACGAAUACCCUGGCUAUCGAGGCCGGCAGUACGUCUUUGAGCAGGGCGAGUACCAGCACUGGAACGAGUGGGAUGCCCACCAGCCCCAGAUCCAGUCCGUGCGCCGUGUCCGGGACCAGCAGUGGCACAAACACGGCUGCUUUGAGAACAGCUCCACAGCGCCCUGCUGCCACCUACCCGAGGAAGGGGAAGCGGGUGUGAUUUCUCGCCCUCGGGCCUUCUGUUAA